UACAAAUUGUACUAUAGUCCAUGCGUUAAAUUCUGAUGCUAGUGAUGAUAAUGAUCGGAGUAUAGUUCGUUAAAGGUGCAGAACAGCUCGGAUAAGAUUUGCUAUAUAUACCUGUAGAGCUACCUGCCAUAAUGGAUUCAGGAAAAGAAUUGUUUCCCGCUCCACCCGGCUUCGAUGAGUUAUCUGGUUUGGAUCUUAGUCAUCUAAGUGCAGAAGAACGAAUGGUGAUAUUACAAGUUGCAGCAAGAGCAAAGCAGAUUGAACAAGUUGAACAACAAAAGAUUAGGACUAUCGAAGAUCAACUUGCUCAUUACUCUCAAAACGCAAGAGAUAACGUUGCCAAGCCAUCUCCACCUACCCCGAAGAAGAAGAUUACGUCAACACUAAAAACGAAAGAAACAAAUGAAGCGCUCAAAAUUAAUGAUGUUCAAGUAAAGACUGAAAAAAUUUCCAAAGGUACAGUGAAAGAAUCUAUUAUCAGAAAAAACGAGAGUCACAAGAUAGAAGGAAUUACAGAGGCUACUACAGUCGUCCAAAAAAAGGGUGCGUCAGUCAACAAACCGACUAUUAGAUCUGCUAAUGAACCAUACGCACACAAAAAACAAAUUCUGUGCUAUCUGUGUUCAUCAGUGCUAAUUGCUUCUACUCAGCCUACCAGCGAUAAAACAAUUCGAAAAGACUUACAGCACGCGACAUCUCAAGAUGUACCGAAGACCAAACGUGGAGGCUCAACAGACGCGCGUCGUCUGUCAAAGGGCGGGAAAUCCGAUACAGAGGUAGAAAGCCUGCUACCGGUAGUCUGCUCAUCCUGUGGUCACACGGUGUGUGCCAAAUGCUCUGUAAAAUCUACACUCUUGGCAAAGAACGGUAUUUUGUGUGCGUUAUGCGCUAAGCAAAGAGAACUAGUUGCCAGAUCCAAUCUGUGGUUGAAGUCAGCGAGAAAGAGUCAGUUGUACAGAAGUCAAAGUGCGGACACAUCAUUGAAUCCUACAGCUAGUCCGUCGCCUAAGGAAAACACCAAGUGGGAUAAAUUACCUUGGCAUCGAAGAUCAUAUUCAGAUAGCGGAAGGAGGAAUUUUGGUGGACCAGAACAAGGAAGAAAAACGAUACUAGAAGAAACGCCAGAAGAAGGAAAAUCAAAAUCAAGUCCUGUUGCUGGAGCCCAAACUAGAAGAAGUUCUUGGGUUCUUUCAUCCAGAAGAAGUUCUGCAAAUGCAACUCUUAAUUUUCACCAUUCACCCGCCAGUUCAUUAAGUUCAAGCAGUUCAAGCAUUAGAUCGUCAAUAGGAGCUUCCCGUUCCAGCUCAGUUCGGAAAUCGGCACUUUCGCCUGAGCCUGUUUCAACAGAUUCUUCCGAUACUAGUGGGAAACAACGAUCUCCACAAAAAGAUAAUGUGCGAGUGUAUCCGAAAAAUAAAUCUCCAUCCCGUCCAAGUAUAUCAUCAGUUCUAGUGAAACAAUUAUCAGAAGACGAAGAAGUUAAAAAGAAAAUGAGGAACGCCGAACGAAAAAGUCCUUCGAAGAAAGCAAAUAACCAACUGAAUAACGAAAAGAAUAAAAUAAAAGAAAAUGAAUGGGAAAUGGAUCAAAACAAAGAACAAGAAUGGAAAUACGCAUCUGCAGUCAAAAGUGGUAAAGUUACUGCAAAUCGUGAACCAAACGAUCUCAAAAUGUUGAACGAUAAAACACAUUCUAAACCAGAUAAUGAUAGCAGCAAGCACAAUAGUUCUUCAACAGCUUUCCAUGCUAAGAAUCGAAACAAAGAAAGUGAGAAAAACACGAAAGAAUCGACGAUCAGACCAAGUCAAACGAAAGUAGUACCACAUUCACAAAUGUUGCCGCCUAAUAAACCAGUUCCUGCUCACCGAUCAGUGACCGAUAAAGAUUAUCAAAUAAAAGUUGAUAAUAUUGAUAAUAAAAAUAUUUUAAACAACAAAUUAAUAUCAGAUAAACAAACACCAUUACCUGAUAAAAGUGGACCUAUUGUUUAUGAUAUUAAAAAAGGAAAAACAAAGGGUGGAGCGACAGAAAUUGAAUCAGGAACAAAUCGCCAAGUUCCGGAGUAUAAACCUGGAACUACAAACGAGAAAACCGGAGCAGAUAAACGGAUAAACGAGCCAAAGGUCUACAACAAAAGCCAAAAUGUUACGCCCUCGAGCCAAGCAGUAAUUCAACACCCUGCAAAAUCUGCGACUAACCAGAGCAAAGAGACAACGCCAUGUGCUAAACCAAGGACUUCUGGUGCGAAUGCAUCGGAUAAAACUAAGCAGCCUGUUGAACAAAAGAAGCCUCAAACGGACAAGAUCACCUCGGCAACUUCGACACCAACUGCAGGAGCUAUUGCAAAAAGUUCAAAACCUCCACCACAAGUUCCUCCGAGACAAAGUUCUUUGUCCGAUUUAACGUCUAAGAAAACGACAAACAAGAAAAUAUUUGAUGACGACGAACCAAAAGUUUUGAAAGAAGAAGAAUUGGAUGGUUCGGAUUCGUUCUUUUUAGCUGUUGGUAACUCUGGACUGAAAGGUGUAAACAACGUACCUAGAUCAUCAGAUACUGUUUCAGAUCUUCAUGCGCCGCAUAAUUCACUUUUUCAUCGCCUUGAUUUCAACUCUGGGUAUAGUAGUUUUGAAUUGGACGAAAAUGACACUGAAGGCGAUUUUGAUCAUCUUUUAUCAAGACAUUGCAUCAGCGAUCAUAGGAAUGGUACAGGUUUAAAAGAAGAUCCGAUUUUAAACGAUGCAAUUCAUUCCGACGUGGCAAAACCAUCGCAUCAACACGGACAAAUUCGAGGUGGUAAAAAUAUCAAGCAAGAACAGAAACAUGAAAUCAAGAAAGAAAACGAACAAAGGGAAGAAAACAAUAUAGGAAAACAUAAACCUGGCAAUUUGGAUACGGAUAUGAAGAAUCAAACCAAACAGCAAGUUGUCAACAACCAAAAUAAUCAAUCUUCAAAGUUGCCGAAAACGGAAACGAAAAAUUAUGACACAAAAAAUGAAAAUAUAUCGGUGAAACCAAAAAUUAGAAGUAACACCAAGAACGCGGACAAACCACAAAGAUCGCAGAGAAACGAUGGUGGACCUAUGGACAAGCACAAAGCACUUUCUCAGAAAGAUAACAUCGCGGAAUCGACGAUACACAAGGAUGACAUAAAGAAGAUUCAUGGACCAGAAAAUCUCAGUAAAGCGCAUGAUGAUACAUCAUAUGGAGCAAAUUCUAGCAAAGAUGCGGACAUAUACGCCGCAAACCAGAAUCUAAUUCGCAAAUCCGCUUUGGGAAACAAAUUUCCACGUAUGCCUUUACCUUCUACUACCUGCAGUUCAGCAUUUACGAGAACAUCUAGUAGCAUUAGUUCUUCUCAACCAACGACUAGUCUUCGAGACUGGAAAAUUGAUGAGUCAAGACUAGAUGAUCUAGAUACAAAUUUGCAACAUUUUGAGGAAACUGUAGCCAACAUGACCUUACUGUCUGGCAACACAUCACCGUCUUCUAAAAUUGAUUCUGACGAUGAAGAAGAAAUGCUAAGAUCCGCUACAAUGUCCAUGCCCACGUUUCCAAAAGGUAUGUUAGGGGCAAAAGGAUUUUCUGAUCCAUAUUACGGUACGGAUAAUGACGACGAAAUAUCGUCUUAUAUGGGAGGCGAAACCUCGCGCCCAAAACCUAAAAAAUUAGCGAAUAUGUUUAUGAGACGCACUACAUCGACUGAUAGUUUUGAAGAGCUUCUGAAACAAUCUGGUAAUGCGCCUCGAGCUACCCAUCGUGGCUCUUUGCCUGGGAAAUCGGGCGGCAAUAAAUCGCGGGUUACUGCUAAUGAUAGAAGGAGAUCGUCAAAAAAUUCGUCUUUACCAUCGGGUUUGUACGAUCUUACUCAAGAAUCAGAUACUGAAUCUUCGCCUAAAAGAUCAUCAUCGUUUUCACCAAGUAAAAAUCCGAACACACUUCAUAUACGACAGCACGGAGACGAUUCAUGGGACAGACGUCAUUCUUUACCUGCGCCUGCUGACAUUCCUACAGUACGCACGACAUUUUCCGACCCUUCUGAUUUACGAUUACCACCGAAAACCGCGUCAAUGGGUAGCUCUGACUCGAGACCGUCUAUAUUAGUAUUAGGACCCAGUCUAGAAUCUCCAAAUGAAAAAGAAAAGUCAGAAUUUGCGAUACAUGGCGGUUGUCAUACGUAUGAUAGAGGUGCAAAUAACAUACAAAAGAAGACCAUGGUGUCUUCCUUGAGUGGUGAUUUUGAUAAAACAAAGCGAUCUAGUACCAUGUCUCUAGGAUCGCAAUGUUCGUCUUUAGGGGGAGUAGGCAUGAUUGCAGAUGGAUUUGCAAGAUGUUUUUCUUGUGGUACCUUGUCUACUCAAGCAAUAUCAGAGUCGACUUCCAUGAACGUACAGACUAAUGUUGUGCCCGGAAUCCGCGGUUCGUCUCCAACAAAAAUGACUCCACGCGAACGCAUUCGAUCUGUUGAUUCAUCGACACAAGUUUCACCCACGGAUGAAUUGUUUCCUUCCGAACGAUUUGCUCAAGAAGGAUUAUCACUAGCAGAUUUACGAAAAAUUAAAUCUCUUAUAGAAGCUUUGAAUGAUAAAAGCGACUUAGAUGAUCUACAUAUAUCAAGACAAAUAACAAAACCACUAUCACAUCUUAAAGAAAAAGUUAUAACAAAAAGUCCGACACGCCGGCCCGUUACUAUCUACAAAGACGCUUCCAUUAUGGCUUCAGGCCAAGAGAGUCAAAUUUAUCCUAGCGACCGUAUUAUGUACCCCAGGUUAUGGAGAUCGCAUUCUAACAUACCGACGCCUACGUAUACUUCCAAUCAAGGAUUUUUUGAAUCUGAUUCCCAAAUAAAUCGCGAAUCAUCAGCUUGUCAAACAGAAUCAAAUGGAUAUAACGUAUUACACCCGAAUUUUAUUGAAAAUCGAGCGCCUCCUAGCCUUCUCUCAGACGACGUAAGAGCGUAUUCUUCACACGGGGUUGCAUCACCCUAUGCUUCUCAUGGAUAUCAACAUGCUCCAUUAGGUGGCGGUUUUGGUCAGCCAUACCCAAGCCAGAGCUUGUCCGGAUAUCAUCAAGGUAAUUUUGUACCAGGAAAUUACGGGCUAGUACAAAGACCUGAUUAUCAGGAAAGAAGGAUGUAUUCAGACCAAGCAUCGUACACCCAUAUGCAGCAACAACAGCCGCCUUUUUAUCAUUCAACAGUGCCGGAAUAUAACAUACCAAGACAAAGAGAUAUCAGUUCGUACUCUGUCUCACAAUAUCAACAACCAGUAUCAAAUUUCUUCCAACCAGGACAGUCAACACACUCUAUCCAUAGUCAAUAUUCAGAUGUAAAUUUACGUGCUGGUGGAUAUUUCGACAGAGAAUCAUACUACGGCGAUACCGAGGAACGAUAUCCACAACCAGUCACUACACAACCAAAAGGCCGUUGGACACAACGUGAAGAAUACGACACACUCGGCGACAACGAUCAUACUAGCGAUCUUGGUGAAACGGUAAAUCGUUCAAGAGCAAAUAAAACAUAUCGAAGUAUGCGAUCACGCGAUCCAUCUCCCGCUCGCGAAAUUCCACCAUCUAAUGAUAUUCACGAUGAAAUUGACGAUGGAUCAUCAACCAUAAAACCUGAUCAUUCAGGAAUCAAUGGAUUACGGAAAUGCGCAUCUGUGCCUACUGUUUUCCGUGCGACGCAGGAUUCUGCCAUUUUGUCAAAAGACAUUCCUCCAUCACGGAAAAGUCGUCCUGCACCGCGAAAGAUUGCAGAAGAAGCUUCAGAUUUUUACGAAACUGAAGCCUCGGGCGCAGAAGACAUAGCAGAACCACAUUGCUCACGAGAACGAAGAAGACGCCAUCAAUAUAGUCGUGAGAAUAGUUAUCCGUCUGAUUAUGAAGAUGACGAUCACGAAUACUGCAAACAAGACGUGGAUAUUGCCUAUCCAGACUCCCCAUACGAUGAUCAUUAUCAAGCACCACGUAGAAGAUCAAGUCACCAUUACGGCGAUAGAUUUAUGGUUGAUUAUGAAAUGAGGCAAGCGCAAUCAAAUCGAUCUCAUCGACACCAACCUCCACAUUAUUCUGACCACCACUCCUCGAGACGAAAACCUCAUGCUCCACGUUCUUAUUCAAGGCAUUCGGAUAGAGAUAUACUUUCUCGUCGACAUUAUGGGGGUCAUAGUUCAAAGUCAUCACGUCCUGGUUUUUCUAGAUCAUAUUCUAUAAGUUCGCAAGAGUUUUCAAGAGGAAUGUCUCACUCAUCGUCAAGAAGAAGUCUUCCGCAACCGCCAGAAGAUGAUGAAUAUAGUUGGAGAUAUGAAAGCGUGAAAAGACAGAGCAAAAUUAAUCCUGAACGAACUAUGGCUAACAGACAACAACGAGCAGAUGAACACGUACAAAUGGAAGUAAGCAGACUUCAACAAACAAUGGAAGAUUUGGAUCAAGAAGAAAGAGAGUUAGAUCUUAGAUUAAAGUAUUUAGAAAUUGGACGUAGUCGCCGUCCGUCGAUGACGUCAUUAUCAUUGCACGAGGAUUUGCGUCACAAUGGAGGACAAAGCAUGGAUAAUAUGCGUGAUCACGUUAUGACCUCAUCAUCAUUUCGUCAUAACUCCAGGCAAAGAAACGAAUCUCCAGGCCGCGACUCCUCAUAUUCUCUUUACCGCAACACGGCAACCCCAUUAAAUACAGCAACAGACAAUGACUUAAGUUUAAUGAAUAGAAGUGCCCAACACAAACAACAUUUUUCUAAUACAUCCCACCCUAUGGCCUCAAAUGAAAACAAUCAAGACGUUCUCAAAGAAAUCCAACAUGUAACAAAAAGAAACUAUGAAAUCAUCGAUGACGUCACCCAAAUCGAAGCUAGGGGAUUUCAGCCUCUAACUAACACAACUUCGGACGAUGAUGAUGGCGUUGAAAAUAGCCAUCGUCGAAAGUCCGACAGACGGACAAAUAGUAAUGAAACAACCCGACAAAGUUUGAACCAGCAGCUUCCAAAUGCAAAUGGCGAACGAUACCGUCAACACAGAAGUAACAACGGCGGUAAUAGUGCUUCCCAAUUUUCGAACGGUAAUGUGCAGAGACACCACAAUGAAGGGAGAAAUGAAGGAUUAUCGAAUCACAGACUCAGUCGUGGGGAAAGUGAGGCCUCAAGUACCACCGACCCGCUUCCAGAAGACGACAAAAUCCCGCCUUUUUCGUUCAGUGGAAAAUAUUUUCCCGCCUUUUAUGCCCGACAAGGGCAAUAUACCCAUCCAGCCAGCAGCCGUUUCACAGAUUCACAUUCUCCUCUUGAUAUUAUAAAUUAUCACGGUGACAAGGAAAAUGUAAAUCCAUAUAAUAACAAUAAAAAGAACGGAAAAAAUAAUUAUAAAACUAUGACUGAUAAAGUUAACUACGAGAUUCAACAAAGAUUCACAGGGAAACAAGAAAAAUUUUACUUGAACAGCGAAGAUCAUCAAUCGGAAAAUGGUUCUGAGUAUGCUGAAUUGGUCACUAAAACCAACGAUGAUAAGCUACUUAGCAGCUUUAUCGAAAUUGGUCAGAGGGACAAAGAAUCAGAAUCGGAUCCUAUCUGGAUCCGGAGAAAUGAUGUAGUUUCUGAAGCAGCACCUGGGAAUAACCAAAAUGCUGUUGGUGUCGAUGAGUCAAUUCAAGAGCAGCGAAGAGAUGAUCGAGGAGAGGAUUUCCGAACUGUCGUGUCUGAUAGCGAGGCGUAUCAUUUGAGCAAAGAAACAACUGAUUGGUUUGAUAAACCUUCGGAACGCGAACGUGCAAGAAGGCGGGAUAAAGAUUUAUGAAGCAAUUCCGAAUGUAGAAACUAGCAAUAGAACUUUCUCCUAAAAAUGGUACAGGGUUACUGGCAUUGAGAACCUUUGUCGCAGUCCAAGCAUAACAUAAAUUGACAAUUGAUCAUAUAAUUCGAACUUGUUGAUACGUAUCUGUGAUUUAAUAUCCGAACGCGUAAAUUAAAACGUAAUAAGUAGGCUAAUUCUUGUUAAAUAUGGCUGGUAUGGAGUCAGAAACCCAGUUUGGUACGGUAUGCCGUUUGAAAAAAGACCAUAUAUAUACAAAAGAAGAUUUGGGAUGUCACAGUGGCUAUAACGAAACUCGAAUUCAAGUGCUUGAUAUAAACGUAUCUAUGAGGAACAUAUUCAUAUUUGACUACUGUUGUUUGACAUUUUAUUUUAUAAUACUUCACAUAUUCUCUACCUGUUGUAAAUUAAACAAAUAUCAUGGCACUGCCGCUCGGCAUUAUUUAUCAACUUCCAACUUAAACCUAUAUUUCUUGUAUAUUUGUCUUUAUACUGUAGAGCAUAAAUAUAUUAUUGUUGUAUAUUAUUGAUCACUGCAUUUAAAUCGUAUCAUUCAAUCUUAUACGCGAAAUACAUCUAUUGAUAUUUACGAAAUAUCAAAC